AUUAAAAAUGAGCUACAAAGGGUAUAAAAAGAAUGUUAGCAAAUAUGGAAAGAAGCCAGGAACAAGUGUGCCUUCCUCAAUUAAUACACAUUCAGGGUAUAUUUACUCAGGAAGGUCUAUCACUCCUGAUAAAUAAGCCUGGUAUCGUUGUUAAAAAGAACUCAAGUAUUUAUGGAAGGGGCUCUGGAGCCUCAACUGAUAGGAGCCAGAACAUGAACAGACAUCUUUCUCUCACUGCUAUCAGUGGGAGUAGCAAGAACCCUCAUAGCCGGAAUAUAAACCGAACAAGGGAUCUUAAAGCGAAAGGGUCUAUUUCUAGUAGUUCUUCAUAUCAUCAUACUUCCAAUGGGAAAAUAUCGACUAGUAAGACUUUUAGGGCUAAAAUAGGAGAAGAAACUGAUAGAGAACUCAAACUUCUUGAGACCAUAAAACUUCUUAAGAGUGAGAACAAAUAAGCUGUACCAGGUCUCAAAGGAUUCUGAGAAGAACUUGCUUGAUAAAAUCAAAGAAUCAAGGAAGGAAAUGGAGAAGAUGACUACAAUUAUUAACCAACUGUGGCCUUUUAUUCAGACUCACUUGAAACGAGAAAUUGGCAGUGCUAAGAUUUCAAAUCUCAAGAGAAUGGCAAAGGAGGAAAGCCGGGUUAACUUCCUGGAAACUCUUUCCAAAGUCAUUGCCAAGGUCAAGAAAGACGCAGAGAAGGAGGGUAGGUCUCUCUUUGGGACUGAUUCAGAUUCUAAAUACGAGCAAAAACUCAAGCGGGAUCAUGCUAAAUUUGACCAGAUUGAGCAAUCGUUAAAAGCACAAUUGAAGGAAAGAGAAAUUUGGGAGAACAAGGCUAGAGCCUUGAUAGAAAAACUCCAAACCCGGGUGAAGGAAUUAGAUGCUUUUAGGCUCACAACUACAGACCAUAUUAUGGGAAAAGCCACAUCUCAAGAGGAACUUCUCUUCCUUGUCAGAGCCAAUGAGAGAAUAAGCGCCUUCCAGGACAAAGAUCUCCUUGAUACAGAUGAGAAGUUUGAAGAUGGAGGGUUCAUCUCUAAUAAACGGCAUUAUGAAAUUCUGGACGAUUAUGAACCAGCCCCAUCAUUUUUAAAAGCUCUUACUAACGAAAUUUUAUACCUCGAAGAAGAGGAUGAAGAUCUGAUCAAUGAAAGUUAUAGUAAAAAGCUAUUUAGUGAGAGUAAUAUUCCCUCAACAGAUUACGAAGAGCAUAAGCAUGAAAUAAGCAGCCAAUACCUUCAGGUCAAAAAGAUCAAUACCAUUGAUCAAGUGCCAGGGCUGAUAAAAGAUACUUCGGAUGAAUUCAAGCACCAAAAUGUUGAUUUUGGAAGCGAGUUUAGCCAUAAAUUCAAGAAUGCAAUGAAGCAGCCCAAAAUUGGUUCAAAGAGGAUAAAGACCGCACGUGAGCGAAAUUUGAACAAAACUGGUGAGUAUGGUAGACACGACCCAAUGGGGUUAACUUCCCAUUCGAUUGAAAAAUUAGGAACAUCUCUGGAUCGAGACAACAGGUCUGACAUUGAGAAAUCUUUGCAAGCCAAGAGGAAUCACAAAGUGAUCGAUAUGAAAAAUCUGAAGGCAGGAGUAGUCAAUAUUCCCAAUGAAUCUGCUAAGAUAAGAUAACCUAAUAAUGGGUUUCUAUGUCAGGAAUUUGAAUUUGAAGUAAAAUGAUAAAAGUAAACCGAUUUGAAAUAUCAGGUACAUAUAGUUAUGAAUGAAAAUCUUAAAUUCCUCCAACUAAUU